CUAUCCGGCUUGUACUUAGCCGUUCGGAUUCUGAGUGGGACGUGGUGGCUCGGCUUCUCUGAGAAGCUGCUGAGCCAGCCGACACUGGCGGCCGCGAGAGUCUGGGAGACCCACGGGCGGUCCUACUUGGCGCGAAGCAAGGGAGCCUUCGACUGAUGAAGGGCAAAAACUUUUGACUCCGGGGCUCAAAGCGAGGGGGCAGGGGGUCAGGCUCCUGGAGGGAAGAAUGGUCGUCAAGCCUGCUCUUCUAGAACGAGGAGUGGACGGUGGAUCCUAGAGAGAGAGAGAAAAAAAAAUCUGCGUUCUCCGAACGAUUCGGAAGGCUGUUUAUUUUUAUUUUUGGUCUUCAUCCAAUUUCUGGCUCUGCCUUACUGUGGCCUCGGACAAUUCAGUAUUUACAUUAAGAGUAAAAGUAAUGUUUAUUACCCAGGAAUAUAUGACUUAAGCAGUUUAAGCUGCAGUUUCACUACUUGAAAAUACUAUAUUAGAUGUAACUAUAUUAUGCUGCCAGAAGAAACAUAAGCUAUAUUUUUAAAGUGGAACAGACGGUUUUCCUGACAGCCAUUGACCACCUUUGCCUUACUUUUUGGCUAUUUUUCGCUAAGAUGAGUACCCACCCUUCCUCCACUCCGGUUGACCCUGAGCGGCGAGUCCGGAUCAUAUUGAAGAAGGUCUUUGGGUUUGAUUCUUUUAAGACGCCGUUACAGGAGAGUGCGACCAUGGCUGUAGUGAAAGGGGACAAGGAUGUCUUUGUAUGCAUGCCCACAGGGGCAGGAAAAUCCCUUUGCUAUCAGCUCCCUGCCCUAUUGGCCAAAGGAAUCACCAUUGUAGUCUCUCCUCUUAUUGCCUUGAUCCAGGACCAGGUAGAUCACUUGUUGGCCUUGAAGGUACGAGUUAGUUCUCUGAACUCGAAGCUCUCAGUGCAGGAGAGAAAAGAGCUGCUCUCUGACCUGGAGCAAGAAAAACCUCGGACCAAGCUUUUGUACAUCACCCCGGAGAUGGCAGCUUCAGCCUCCUUCCAGCCCACUCUGAAUUCCCUGGUGUCCCGCCACCUGCUCUCCUACUUGGUGGUGGAUGAAGCUCAUUGUGUUUCCCAGUGGGGCCAUGACUUCCGACCUGACUAUUUGCGUUUGGGUGCCCUGCGUUCCCGCCUGGCACAUGCCCCUUGUGUGGCUCUGACUGCCACAGCUAUCCCACAGGUCCAAGAGGAUGUGUUUGCUGCCCUACACCUGAAGCAACCAGUGGCCUCUUUCAAGACUCCCUGCUUCCGGGCCAACCUCUUCUAUGAUGUGCAGUUCAAGGAACUGAUUCCUGAUCUCUAUGGGAAUCUGAGGGACUUCUGCCUUAAGGCUCUUGGACAGAAGGCUGAUAAAGGGUUAUCUGGCUGCGGCAUUGUGUACUGCAGGACUAGAGAGUCUUGUGAACAGCUGGCCAUAGAGCUCAGCAGCAGGGGUGUGAAUGCCAAGGCUUACCAUGCAGGGCUGAAGGCUUCUGAUAGAACACAGGUGCAGAAUGAGUGGAUGGAGGAGAAAGUUCCUGUAAUUGUCGCAACCAUCAGUUUUGGGAUGGGAGUGGACAAAGCAAAUGUCCGGUUUGUUGCCCAUUGGAAUAUUGCCAAGUCAAUGGCUGGCUACUACCAGGAGUCUGGACGGGCUGGCAGGGAUGGGAAGCCUUCAUGGUGCCGUUUGUAUUACUCUAGGAAUGACCGGGACCAAGUCAGCUUCCUGAUCAGAAAGGAAAUAGCAAAACUCCAGGAAAAGAGAGGGAACAAAGCAUCUGAUAAAGCCACCUUGUUGGCCUUUGAUGCCCUGGUGACCUUCUGUGAAGAACUGGGGUGCCGACAUGCUGCCAUUGCCAAGUACUUCGGGGAUGCACCACCUGCCUGUUCCAAAGGCUGUGACCACUGCCAGAGCCCUGCAUCUGUACGGAAGAAGCUAGAUGCCCUGGAGCACAGCAGCAGCUGGAACAAGACCUGCAUUGGGCCCUUCCAGGGCAAUAACUUCGAUCCUGAGCUGUAUGAAGGAGGCCGCAGGGGCUAUGGGGGAUUCAGUAGGUAUGAUGAAGGUUCCGGAGGUAGUGGUGAUGAGGGCAGAGACGAGGCCCACAAGCGGGAAUGGAAUCUCUUCUAUCAGAAGCAGAUGAACAUGCGCAAGGGCAAAGAUCCCAAGAUAGAAGAAUUCACACCCCCAGAUGAAGACUGUCCCUUGAGAGAGGCUUCCAGCAGGAAGAUCCCUAGGCUCACUGUGAAGGCCCGAGAGCACUGCUUGGGGCUUCUGGAGGAGGCUCUGAGCAGUAAUCACCAGGCUGUAGGGUCCACUGAUGGAGGUGAACUACAGGCCAAAGCUGUGGAGUUGGAACAUGAGACAUUCCGAAAUGCCAAGAUGGCCAACCUAUACAAGGCCAGCGUGCUAAAGAAGGUGGCCGAGAUCCACAAAGCCUCUAAGGAUGGGCAGCUCUAUGACGUGGGAGGUGGCACCAAGAGCUGUAACACCAGGACUGAGCCCCCAGAGCCCAAUGAGUAUGACAUCCCACCAACCUCACAUGUGUACUCGCUCAAAGCCAAGAGGGUGGGAGCUGGCUUCCCCAAAGGCUCCUGCCCGUUCCAGACUGCCACUGAGCUGCUGGGAAAGUCUCAUACCCAGAAGCAAGCUGCUGAGGCUGUGCAGGAAGGUGAGCAGGAGCCUCCUGGCUGGGACUGUGACCUCCAAGAUGACGACAGGAGCAAGCCCCUUCCUGGGUGCAGAGCAGAGACCUCUGGGGGAAGUGCUCAUUGUGGGGGGCCCUUCCCUGAGAAGAGGACAAAAGGCUCCUCCCAGGGCAACGCUGUGGCCAAGACCCAGGCCAACAAGAAACAGCAGCUCCUCGCUGCAGCAGCCCAGAAGGAUUCCCAGAACAUCACCCGUUUCCUCUGCCAAAGAACAGAAAGCUCAUCUUCACCCACUUUAGUCCUGAGAUCAGAAGGUACCAGCCCCUCCUGUGGGGGUAUGCAGAGACCCUCCAUGGUGCUAGAGAAGUACACAGAGGAAGAAGACAGAGCCCAGGGACAUUUGAUUGCUCCUCCUCAGAUUGAGUGUUCUGGGGAGCUGCCGAGGACCUGCUCACAGAGAGACCAGGGGCCCUCUGGAGGUCAGUCCAGCCCUCUAAAGGAAACCCAGGCAGGCAAGCGGUCCAGACCCCAGCAGGAGAACCCAGAGAACAGGACUCAGAAGAGGCCUCGCCCCUCAACCUCAACCAAGCCCUCCAUUUUGGCUGAAGUCAAGGGCAGAGCCUUAGCCGGUGAUCACAGUACCAUGAAUGCUCAAGACCCCUGCCAGCUCUCAGCUCCUGUCAUCUCGCUGAAAGAGGCUGCAGAUGUCGUGGUCCGGUACUUGACCCCCUUCUAUAAGGAAGGCAGGUUUACAUCCAAGGAAUUGUUCAAAGGCUUUGCCCGCCACCUCUCACAUUUGCUGACUCAGAAGGUCUCUCCUGGAAGGAGUGUGAAGGAAGAGGCCCAGAGCCUCAUCAAGCAGUUUUUCCAUGACCAUACCCGGUGCGAGAGUGAAGCUGACUGGCAUAGCCUGUGUAGCCCACAGAGAUGACCCACUGCUGACUGGACAGGGUCAGCAUCCUUCCUACUCUACCUUGGACAGGCCUGUGCCAGAGGCACCAGCUUUCUCAGGGUCCUUCCCUCUCUGACCAAACCUCACUUUGGAGGUGGCCCCGGAUACCCAAAUCAAGUGGGAGGCCAAAGGUCGGCCCACCUUCCUGCUUACAAAGCUCAUGGUUCCUUCUCACAGCCUCCCUUGGCCCUUAUGGCUGGGCAUUCUGGGCCAGACCCCAGAGUAGGCAGUUGAGGUAGUGUGGCUGUUACAGGAAGAGUGCAGUGGUCCUCUGUCUUGUGCUUAAGUUCUCAGCCAGGCGAGGUCAGCUCCAAAGUACUGGGGCCUGCUAAGGUCUUCUACUGCCCUCCCUUCCCCAUUUCCUUGAGAUGCCACCUUCCAGCCUCUUCCCAGGUGCAGAGCUUGGAAGAGAGACAGCAGCAGACUUAAGGCCCCGAUCAGCUGCUGUUCAGGAAAGCCAGACCUGAGAUGUUUACAAGAGAAUAAAGUCCUAUUUGUCGUGAUA